AUGAGAAUUAAAUUGGGCUCGUUGGCAACAGCACAAGAUUACUACUAUACUCCGAACGUGUCACGUUCUACCAUACCCGGGAUAGCCGCGUACCGCUCCGCUCUGACCCUGGACUGGCUGGCGGCCGAGGACUCCCGCCAGAGGGAGAUGGUGGCGGCUUUCGAAACAGAACAGGCUCCUCCGAUGAGAAUGAUCUUAACCGAUUGCAUGGGCUAUGCGACACCGCCGAGCGAAAAGAUUGCUAGGCUUUUGUUGGAGCUGUUGAAGAAUCUUGAAGGCGACGAAGGUCCGAUCAUCUUGGACCUAACACAGGCUUUGAUUCGGGCCAAGCUACUCAUAGAAACGUCAACGCUGGAAUCCGAACCGGAUUUAGAAUCUCUGGUGAAGACUCCGAAUGUGAUGAUGGGCGAGCCACACAAGACCUUCCCCAGAAUCCUUGCUGCGGUCUGGUUGACCCUUACAGACGCCUCUACUACGACCAAGUACGGAUGGUGCCCAAUAAACAAGGUCACAAAAUAUUUGACGACAAACAAGCCGGUGAACAUUGCUGAGCACAUGAGGUCCUUGGACCCGGUCUUAGCUAGAGCCAGGUUCGUCAUGGAGGAAUUCGUACAGCACGUAACGCCCCUCAAUAUGUAUCAAAAGCUGAUCGGACGGAGGAAGGAGGUGUCCUUUGGCCAGAAACAACAAAAACACGGUCCCAAAGAAAACCCUAAGAUAUGUCCUUCGGCGUGCGCGGACGAUGUUUUCGAGACGGAGUUCCCCGAGGACCGCUGGGUCUUCAGGAACGCUAAGCAACAGGAUCUGUUGAGCGCCGCCUGUUCAAACGUCCACCCCUCAAGCAAGGACUUCGUAAAGCGCUUUUAUGCUAUCCUACCAUACUUUGACAAGGAUCAUUCGAACAUUGAGUUCCUUCACAAGCUCCGCGGGACGAUAUACGCGAUGGCCGAAGGCGACGAUAAGCUGGACCGGGAGGCUGCGAUCUACGCGACUGUAUUGAUACCGAUUGUGUUCUUGCAUAGAUACCGAGACACCUGGUGUCUACUUGAAAGGUUUCACAGAGGAUUGCGCAUCUAUCAAAUAUCGCAUCCCACUGAAAAGAGGACCGCACUGAAGCUACUCCAAAAUCUUAAGCCAGUCGAGCAUAAGAUCCGUUCCUUCAUCUCUGAUCUCCCGGGGUCUCCUGCCGUCACUCGUACGUCUCAUCCUCGUCUAGAAACGGAUGACGAGGAGCUAUACGAUCGGAAGGACGUUAAAUAUUUGAAAGAACUAAUAAAAAAUCUUGGUUAA